ACGGGACGGGACGGGACGGAACGGAACGGAACGGAACGGAACGGUGCCGGGCACGUCCAGCGUGAGCGCCUGACCCCCCGACCCCCAUCCUCCCCGCACCCAGCCCGCCCCGCACCUGCCGUCCCGUAUGCGCGGCUCCCGGUGCAGCGCUGCCGCCGAGGAGCCCUAGGCGAAACCGAGCCCCCGCCGCCUGCCCCGGGGGGGGCCGCUGGAGGGGGAGGAAGGAGGGCCAUGGGGGUGGCAGGCACCGAGCUGCCCGGCGGCAACCUCAGUGCCAACCAGAGCGCCGCCGACCCCACGGUGUCGCGGGACGUGUGGAUGGUGGGCAUGGGGAUCCUCAUGUCGAUGAUCGUGCUGGCCAUCGUCUUCGGCAACGUGCUGGUGAUCACCGCCAUCGCCCGGUUCCAGCGCCUGCAGACUGUCACCAACUACUUCAUCACCUCGCUGGCCUGCGCUGACCUGGUGAUGGGACUGGCCGUGGUGCCCUUUGGCGCCUGCCACAUCAUCAUGGAGAUGUGGAAGUUUGGGAACUUCUGGUGUGAGUUCUGGACCUCCUUGGACGUGCUCUGUGUCACGGCCAGCAUCGAGACCCUGUGCGUCAUUGCUGUGGACCGGUACUUUGCCAUCACCUCCCCUUUCAAGUACCAGAGCCUGCUGACCAAGAGCAAGGCACGCAUGGUCAUCCUUGUGGUUUGGGUGGUCUCGGCUCUCACCUCAUUCUUGCCCAUCCAAAUGCACUGGUACCGGGCAGACCGUAAGGAGGCCAUCCAGUGCUAUGAGAAGGACACGUGUUGUGAUUUCUUCACCAACCAAGCCUAUGCCAUCGCCUCCUCCAUCAUAUCCUUCUACCUGCCUCUCGUGGUCAUGGUGUUUGUGUACGCCAGGGUCUUCCAGGUGGCCAAGAAGCAGUUGCAGAAGAUAGACAGGAGCGAGGGGAGGUUUCACAUCCAGAACAAGGAGCUGGAGCAGAAAGGGGGAGCUGGGCACCGCCGUACCUCCAAGUUCUUCUUGAAGGAGCACAAGGCCCUCAAGACCCUGGGCAUCAUCAUGGGCACCUUCACACUGUGCUGGCUGCCCUUCUUCAUCGUCAACAUCGUGCAUGUCAUCCAGGACGACAUCAUACCCAAGUACGUGUACAUCCUCUUGAACUGGCUGGGCUAUGUCAACUCUGCCUUCAACCCUUUGAUCUACUGCCGGAGCCCGGACUUCAGGUAUGCCUUCCAGGAGCUCCUGUGCCUCCGCAGGUCCGCCCUGAAGAUGUAUGCCAACGGCUACUCAAACAGCAACGGCAAGAGUGACUACAAUGAGGAGCACAACGGCUACCCCCUGGCAUCGGAUAAAACCUGCGAGUUGCUCUGCGAAGAGGGCUCCUUCCCUCACCCCGAGGACUUUUUGCACUGCAAAGAGAUCCCUGGGUGUCCAGGAAUGGUGGAGAGCUGAAUGGGCUGACCUCUCUUCCUCACCAUCCUGAGCUCAUGAGGGCUCUGAAGAGAUGGAGUGAGAGCAUGGCCUUGCUUCUCUGAGCCUGGGGAUGCUGUGGGAAGUGAUUGCCUUGGCAAAUGUCUUCAUCCCAACCCAUAGCCCAUUGUGCAUCACCUGAAGGAGAAGCUGAUGAAGGAUAACCAGAGGACCAGGAAAGGCUCUACUAGCCUUGGAGGACACAGAUGGGGGGACCGGCAUUAAGAGAGGCACUUUGCAGUAGUUGCUGCAUGUGAAACCAGCUCUGGAAAGAAGCUACAGCAGCCCUGUCAACUGAAGGAGUUGAACGUCCAAACCACCACAAAAGGUGCAGAGGGGUUUCCCUGGCACAGCAUCCUUGGAAAGCACUUUCAAAAGGGAAGGGGGAUAUCAGGACCACGUGGCCGUCUCCAGUGGCUGGUUUGGAAGAGGCACAGCAAGGUCACUGCCUCACGGUCAGGUCAGGAGACCAGCAGGACGUGCUCACAGCCGCUUGUCCACGUGGUGGCUGGGGCUGCAGGCGGAACAGGAAUCUGCCCAUGACUGAGAGAGAAGGAGCAUGGAAGAUUGCUUUGACUUAUUCUGUGCUUGUUUCUCCUUCUGGUGUCUUCUCUGUCUACCUCUUUGUCUCUCUAGGACUACGUGUACUGCCCGUGGGGCCCAGACCCUCCCAAACAAGCAGAGAUGAGUCCUGCCCAGUGCAGGACCCCGCUGCCCAGUGCAGUGCUCUUGCUGGAUGGGGCUGACAGUGCACGGUGCAGACAUGUCAUGGCCUUCGUCUGCUCCUUUAUGCCAACAAAUCUGCAACGGUAAUGCCUGGAGUUCAGAUGGGAGAAAGGCUUGAACCUGAAAAUCCUUUUACUUGCAAGCAGUCACAUGCUAGCACAACCAGCCACCCUUGGGAGACGAUUUUAGCACCCGAGUCCCAAAACAUUGUAGAGCAUCUGUCCCUCUCCUGUAGCUGUGAAGUGACCGUGCCGGCAGGCUGCACACUCAGCUCCUGCGUCUUGGAUUGUAAUAAACCUCAUGAAACAGAGAAAGAGACAGAGACGGAGGGAAUGGCAGGGGCGCAGGCAGAAAAUAGUAGGAAAAACUGAUUCAAAAUCAUAGGAAAAUGUGCAGCUGUGGAUUGCAGGUGGUGUCCCAGCUGCAGACUGUCAUGCCCAGCUGGGCAGCGGAAGGUCUCUCUUCACCGAGCUGCUCCUGGUGGCCUGGGCAUAAAGUGCUGGUACCGAACUGUGCCGGGAGCCCCAUCUCAGACCUUCUCUCUCGGGCUUCCAGCUGCAAACCCCCUUCCCUCAUGUGCAAUCCUAUUUAUUUAUUUAUUUUCUUGCUGCUUGAUGCAAAGCUGCUAACGGAGCACCCUGCCCACAAACACCCGCAGCCGGGGGAGGAUGGAGGGGGGGAUGUGUGCUGUGUGUCUGUGCCAGGGGAGCGGGCAA